GACGCGGCCGACUCAUCGUCCUCGCAGUCGCCGGCGAUGCACAUCGUGCUCUUCCCGUGGCUCGCAUUCGGCCACAUGAUCGCCUUCCUCGAGCUUGCCGAGCGGGUGGCGGCCCGCGGGCACCGCGUCUCCUUCAUCUCCACGCCGCGCAACAUCAGCCGGCUCCCGCCUGCAGUCGGCGUCCGCUUCGUGGCCUUGCCGAUUCCCCAUGUGGACGGCCUCCCCGAGGGAGCAGAGGCCACCACUGACCUCCCGUCAGGCGACAAGACCACUGAGCUCCUAAUGAAGGCCUGCGAUGGUCUCGUGGGGCCGUUCUCCGCCUUUCUUGACGACGACGGCAACAAGGCAGACUGGCUGGUCGUCGACAGCUUCCACUACCUAGCAGCAGCUGCCGCGGUCGAGCGAGGCGUGCCGUCGGCGAUGUUCCUCAUGUUCGCCUCCGCGUCGACGGCGCUCUGGGGUUUGCCGCGUGUGUCCACGGACGUGGACCCGGAGGUGGGAGCCACGGUACCACAACGCUUCUUGUUAACCUACCAGGCCUGCAAGAUGGUGGCCCAGCGGUGCUGCAUGGAGUUUGAUCCCGAUGGUGUGCGUCUCCUGCCGAGCAUCUUCGGCGUCGGCGGCAAGACGUUCGUCCCCGUCGGCCUGCUGCCGCCGCCUCAGAGGGCCAACGUGGGAGUGGGAGGUGAGGAGGUGGUGUCAUGGCUCGACGGACGGCCGGCGAAAUCUGUGAUCUACGUCGCGCUGGGAAGCGAAGCGCCGCUGACCGUGGAGCUGGUGCACGAGCUAGCCAUGGGCCUGGAGCUGGCCGGGUCGCCAUUCCUCCUGGCUCUGAGGAGGCUCGACGGCGUACCGGACCAAGACAUCCUUCCUCGGGGUUUCCAGGAGCGCACCAAGAGCCGCGGCCUCGUGGCAAUGGGGUUGGUGCCGCAGAGCAGGGUGCUAGGGCACGGCUCUGUGGGCGCCUUCCUCACGCACUGCGGGCCAGCCUCCGUCAUCGAGGGACUGCAGUUUGGGCAUCCUCUCGUCAUGCUUCCCUUCUUCGGAGACCAGCGAACCAUUGCUCAUUUCAUGGAGGAGAAGAAGCAGGUUGGAAUGCAGGUGCCAAGGAAAGGCAAGGACGCCUCGUCUUUUGACCGACAAGGCAUCGCCUCCACCAUCCACGCUGUGGUUGUGGAGGAACAAGGUAGAUGUCUAUUCACCGCCAAUGCCAAGAAACUGCAAAACAUUAUCACCGACACGGCAUGCCACGAGAGGUGCAUCGAUGACUUCCUUCACCACCUCACACUCCAUCACCACCACCAGUGACCUUUUUCUACGUCGCGUCGUCCCCGAAUCAUGCAUGGUCAUAUGGGUAUUUUCUAC